CCGGAGCCGGGGAGGGGAUAUAAUAAAUAACGGCGCUCCUUUCGGGCCGCUGCGUGAAUACAUGCUGGAAUAAUCAAAAUCUGCAGGCAGUCGACAAGUUACUUCACUUCCUCUUUAUCUGUCUGUCUUUCCAGUUGGGUAAUACCUCCCGUUUCUUUCAGGGUUUGCUUCAGUUCCUGUUACAUGAUGGCUGAAACAAAGCGUUAGUUAGGAAAAUGUAGCGGGGAGUAGGGUGCAGUUUGUCGCAACAACCUCGGUAAGAGCUGUUGGGGUGCUUUCGUGUUGUGGAGCAGCUGAAUAACUGUCAGUUCUAAGUGCAUUUAAAAAGCGGAUUUGUCUGAGGUCACGGGAUAAAAGGAUGUAUGCCUCUGUAUUUAUAUUCAUCCUGGCUGGAAUCUCAUCCAUUUGUGCUGGGCAAAACAACACCUGCAACGUUUUCCCUAAAGAUAAGUACAUUGAGGUGGGAGAGAGCAUCACGAUAACGUGUCAGAGCUCGUGUAUUGAUGGCAAAAUCUACUGGACACUGAACAACGUGAAAUUUAACAGCCUGUCAAAAACUUUGAACUCCACACACACAGUCCUGUCACUGAGCAACUUCACUCACCCCAGUGCGACAUUGCAGUGCCAUAGCGCAAAGACUCACCAAGUCAUUGGAGGCACCACCAUCGGAACAUACUCAAAACCCAGAAAUAUAUCAUGCACCUUGCAUCACACAUAUCAAGAGGAGGCUGGUGUGCCAGACCUCCUCACAUGUACAUGGGAGCAUCAAAUGCAUCUCUCAGUGGCAGUAACCUAUACUGUAGAAAUUUUUUUUCAUUUGGAGCGUGAAAUGAUUCUACACUGCAAGUCACAGGAAACAAAAUGCACAUUUAAAGAAGUCAUAGCCUCUCCAACUGACAGUGUCACUGUUUGGGUGAAUGCCAACACUGAUGUUUGGAAUGUUUUCUCUGACAAUUGCACAUUUAAGCUACGUAACAUCUUGAAAACUCUUCGCCCAAAGGAACUAGAUGUGACAGAAAAAAACCCAGGGCACCUCGUCGUUAGCUGGAAACGAUUAUCUCCCUUAGACCCAUGUGACUGUGAAGUCAGAUGCAGUAAGGUUUCAGCUAAAGGAGAAAUUGUAGAGUGUGACCGCAAUGAGAUCGAAAACACUUCUACAUCUAUACCAGCUACCAUACGUCAUUGGUCCAUCUUCAUUAACAAUGUGGAGUCCUGCAGUACCUACACAUUUUCAGUCCGCUGUGCUUUGGAGGACGCCCUCUGGAGUGACUGGAGCAAGGAAAAAUCACAUCUGACCAAACCACACAAGAAGGGUGUCAGUGUGGACCUGUGGAGAAAAGUGUCUGAACUGGGAAAAAAUGGACUCAGAAAAGUUCAUGUCAUGUGGAUGGUUAUUCCUUCAACGUGUGAAGGCACAUUUAAAUACACCAUAAACCAAACGACUGGAGUGAAUUCUAAGUUAUGUGGCAACACAACUUGUGAUGUGGAUAUAAACCAAGAUGCACAAAGAAUAACCCUCACAGUCUCCCACGAUAAAGGAUUUCAUGUGGAGAAGUCAGUUUAUGUUCCAGCCGUCAGCGAGAGCCUUCCUGAAGUUACCGACAUCCGGACCUCAUCUAAUGACAACAUUAUUCAGGUCAGCUGGAAGGCUCCUGUGCAGCCUGUCAGCAAGUAUGUGAUUGACUGGACCCACAAUGGAGGUCAAUACUACUGGAAGGAGAGCAGCUACACUAAUGCAACACUGUUUGACCUUCUGGACAAAAAGCCAUACAACAUCACAGUAACCCCCCUCAUUGAUGACAAGACAGGUCAGAGCGCACAAGCUGUUCAGGUCUGCUCCAGAUUUGGAGAUCCAGACGGUAUUGCUAUCAGAGUUGAAGCUGACCACCGAAGUGCCUCUGUGAGCUGGGAUACGACGUCACAGAGUGAAUGCAGUGGUGCUGUUAUCAACUACACGGUCUAUUACUACGAGGGCCAGAACGGACCAGUGCUCAAUGUUUCUGUGGAUAGCAAAACAAAGAAUGUCUCUUUGAAAGACUUGAAUCCAGACACCCAAUACACCGUCUAUGUCAAUGCCACAGCUCUGACCGGGAGAACCAAAAGCAGUGAAAGGAAAUUUACAACCAAAAAAUUUGAUCCGCGGCUCCUUACAGUGCUCAUUGUCUCUGGAACCAUCGUCAUCAUCCUCGUGUUACUUCUCGGAUUGUGCUUUGCUGUUCAAUGGAAGAAAUUCAAAGACAAGCCGGUGCCAAAUCCAUCUCUCAGUUCUGUGGGCGUGUGGGCGGCGCAAAAUCAGCAAAAGAGGAUCUGCUUCCAGCCGUUCAGUAAUCCAUCUGAAAGCCCCUGCGACACAGUUUACCCAGAAAAUUCUCAGAGCACGCCUUCACUAGUCACAGGCUCUGAAACUAACACAGCCAGUGACUACACAGAGGACUACACAAACUCAGGCAUGACUCUUGCUCCACAUUUGCAGGAUGAAAGUCCUGUAGAACCUGUAGUGAUGCCUCCUUCUCCUGGAGAGUCCACUGCAUUAAUUUCCUCAGAGGGCAGCCCAGUCAACCCCUAUCGUAGUCAAAGUUCUGUGGAGAGUCCGGUCCCAAGGGCCACUAAACAGAUUAAGCUAGUUUCAGUGAAACAGCAAGAAAAGACACCACUUAAGACUGUGUAUGUCACAUUAGACAUGAUUAAACAAGACCAUGGCAGGUGAGGGCACUGGAAGGAAAGGAUUUGGAAGAUUUGAAGUCAUUCAGAUGUGAAUGGAGGAAAGGUGGUUUCCUGUGUGUGUGUGUGUGUGUGUGUGUGUGUGUGUGUGUGUGUGUGUGUGUGUGUGUGUGUGUGCGUGUGUGUGUGUGUGUGUGUGUGUGGGGGGUAUUAAGUUGCCUAGCACUGUGGAACAACAGGAUACAAACAUAUUAUUUAUAACUAUGUAUUUGUGCGUGUAGUAGCUGCUUUAUUAAGUCAUCUUAAUGUAUUUGGCAACAACAAUAUGUUUCAUUUGAUGUGAACUGAAUGAAAAGAAUUGAGGACAUCAUUUAUCAUUUGUUCACCACUGAAAGUAUAAACACCAUAAUGUAGACCCUGUGUUCCCAGGUUUUAGCAUUCUAGACAUGUUUUACUAUGAUACCGGUGCCCUUUUUUUGUUGUUGGCUAAAAUAAUGGAAAAAUGUACAUUCAUAGUCUUUAUUAUAAUAAAAACACCCCUAUUUGUGCUGUAACAUUUUGUUGUAAAUAAUUUAGCUAUGUAUUAUAGGUUUCCUGUUUAUUGAGAUGUGACUCACUACAGUUUUUUUCUUUACCACUUUGUGUGACAUUUGUUGCAGUUUAAGCUAUAUUAUUAUAAAAUAAUACAGUUGAUAAAUAUUCAGCAUCAUACAAGCAUUAUAAAAGCUGUUCUAAGUCUUGAAAACAGACAAAAAUAUAACAUACAUGUGUAAUUCCAGUACAAAAGAUGAAAU